UGGCACAUCUGGGAACCUUGGAAAUAAUAGUGUGAGGGCUGGCGUGUUUGGAGGCUUUCUCCCCCUCCUCAUCAUGAGAUGAUGAAAUGACAGGCAUUUGAGCUGAGAGCGGCGGCCACAAGACGACGACGACGACGACGCACAGAGGCUGAGGAGCAGCAAUCGCAAUGGGUUCAGAGCAGUGUCACUCGGACAACGCGCAUCAGACUUUAGGCAUCCUAGCUACCUUCCUAAUCGGCGGGGUGGUGCUAGGCCUCUCCGUCCUCGCCUUCUUCCUUGCUCGGGCAGACGCAGGGCGGAGCAAGAGCAAAAAGAAGAGGCCGAUCAGGGUGUACAUGGACGGGUGCUUUGACAUGAUGCACUACGGCCACUGCAACGCCCUCCGUCAAGCUCGCGCCCUCGGCGACCAAUUAAUCGUCGGCGUCGUUAGCGAUGCCGAAAUCAUAGCCAAUAAAGGCCCUCCGGUGACUCCUCUCAACGAGAGGAUGAUUAUGGUUAAUGGCGUGAAGUGGGUAGACCAAGUUAUUUCUGAUGCACCGUAUGCCAUCACAGAAGAUUUUAUGAAGAAACUUUUUAGUGAGUACAAUAUAGAUUAUAUUAUUCACGGAGAUGAUCCAUGCCUUCUUCCUGACGGGACUGAUGCAUAUGCCCUUGCCAAGAAGGCUGGACGGUACAAACAGAUCAAGCGCACAGAAGGAGUCUCAAGCACUGAUAUUGUUGGUCGAAUGCUUCUUUGCACGCGAGAGAGGUCCACUGGUGACACCCCUAAAAAUGCAUCAUUGCAAAGACAAUUUAGCCAUGGAAACAACCAAAAAUCUGAAGAUGGUGCUCAUGGGAGUGAAACCCUGAUAUCUCAGUUUCUACCCACUUCUCGUAGAAUAGUGCAAUUCUCCAAUGGGAAGGGACCUGGGCCUGAUGCUCGCAUAGUUUAUAUUGAUGGUGCCUUUGAUCUUUUUCAUGCUGGACACGUAGAGAUAUUAAGGGUUGCGCGGGCCCGUGGUGAUUUUCUACUUGUUGGCAUUCAUACUGAUCAAACAGUCAGUCGCCACAGAGGUGCACACCGUCCAAUAAUGAAUCUUCAUGAGAGAAGCUUAAGUGUUUUAGCAUGUCGGUAUGUCGAUGAAGUGAUAAUUGGUGCUCCAAGGGAGGUUUCAAAAGAUAUGAUAACAACCUUUAAUAUCUCUCUAGUUGUCCAUGGGACAGUAGCUGAGGAUAAUGAUUUUCAGAAGGAAGAGGGAAACCCAUAUGCUAUUCCAAGAAGCAUGGGCAUUUUUGAAGUACUUGAGAGUCCUUUGGACAUUACAACUAGCACAAUAAUACGGAGAAUUGUAUCAAAUCAUGAGGCUUACCAAAAGCGGAACGAGAAGAAGGCAGAAAGCGAGAGGAGGUAUUAUGAGGGAAAGACAUACAUUACUGAUUAGCUGAUUUUGAAUAGUGUAUGCUGACGAGGCGGGGCUAUACUCGCACAUUUAGCGUUGGCGAUUGCUGUUGAAGAUCUUUGUUCUCUUGUUUAUUUCUGGGGUCUGUUUUAUCGCCCCACUCUAUUGAUACCUUAUCUGUAUUCUUUAGCCUAUACCUAUGUCACAAUCUGAAGUAGAUAGCCACUUCAGCUUGAAAAGAAAUUUAGUGUUUAUAGGGGAGCAUGUUCCCAAUGAAGGUAAACCUUAGUUGCUGAAUUUUUCAAAAAAUUUUGUACCCAAUUCAUCUGUAUAUUUAUAUAAGUAUGUAAGAGUGUUGAUCUUUAUUGAGAUGCAUAUUCUGAUUCGAG